AUGACUCCCGAACAAAGGGCAAAGAUUCAUAAACAUUUUGAAGAACUGGGUAUGGAAUGUAUGGAAGAAUAUGAAAUUUCCGAAAGUGAUAUAAGCGAUCUAAGAGAAAAAAAACUUCCCUCCGGAGAGAAUGCGCCUUGCUUUUUAGCGUGUAUCAUGAAGAAAGUAGGAGUUCUAGAUGAUGCUGGUAUGCUUCAAAAAGAAACGGCCCUUGAACUCGCUGCAAAAAUAUUCAACGAUAAAGAAGAAUUGAACAUUAUUCACGAUUAUCUCCAUUCAUGUUCAGCAGUUAACUCUGAACCAGUUGAUGACGGUGAAAAGGGUUGUGAACGGGCUUUGAAAGCCUACAAAUGCAUGAUAGAAAAUGCAUCGCAGUUUGGAAUUGAUCUUUAA